AUGCCGGGUCAACAGCCAUAUGACCAUUACGGCGAAGGCUAUCCACAGUCUUCACAGCCAGCAUCCUCGUACAGUUCCGCAUACCCCACCAUCGAGCAGCCAUCGGAUCGGUAUCACACAGGUGCUCGCACACAGUACGGACCUUACGACCCUCGAUAUCCCUAUGGUCACCCUGGUCCGCCUACCCAUCCUCGCAGUCCCUCAUCUGCGACACCCUCUCCCGCGUACGAGUAUCCGCAGCAGCACAAUCCGCCUACCUCCUCGUCCUACUCGACAGCAAGAGCAGCUAACGCAACCGCAGACCAAAUGAGUCGAACACAAGUUCGAGACGACGCUCCGUAUGCAUCCAACGGCUCAAGUUACGACUAUGCUCAGCAACAGCAGCAGCAGCAGCAGCAGCAGCAACAACAUCCUCGUCACUAUGCCGCCCUAGUGGACCACAGCUACGGUCAGACAGCCAAUCGGCCUCUACAGUACUCCAAACACGGCGCUCUCUUACACGACUCGCGUUCGUAUUCUCAGACCUCCGCGCCGUCUCAGAGUGAGACCACGUCUAGACAAGACAGCAGAUCAGAGCUGUACUUCCCGUCUUCGCAAAAAAUCGAUGCAGCGAGGCUAGCCGUGGCACCCGCAGCCGUUUCUUCCCAUGCGUCUACUCCGCAACAGCAUUUCGCAGAUCAUCGCGAGCCCGCCGAUCGACCUGUCUCUUCGUCGGCCAGCGGAAUCAUCAGCUUGUAUACCGAUGAUGCCGGCACACCGCUUAUGGACCACAACUCGAGCUUUGCCUCCCUCUCCGUUGACCCUUCCAUCCCAGCUACCUCGGAGGAGAGCCAACCAACACGACACCCGACACAACGAGCAGGUCGUCCACUUCCCGUCACUCCAUCCAUAAAUCGAUCAGAGCAGCUUCCAUCACGCGGCACAGGCGCCUUGCAUGCAUCUGCAAAUGUAACUUUUGGACCUGCUUCACCCGCGUACCGUGACCGAGGUGAUGGACCAGCAUCGUAUGCACAGCAAGGCUUCUACAACUCCGCAUCUCCACAACCAAGUGCAUGGUCGCCGCCAAUCACUCCCUCUGCUACCCAGCACGCUGCAGCUUCUUCCGUCUCAUCCACCGGGUAUUCUGCGCCAUCCUGGAGCCCAUCUCCGACGACGCAGGGCACUCCCGGCAGCUCCUACAGCCAUCGCCCGCUGCCGUCAACAGCCGUAUCAGUUGACCGAUCCUUUUCACCCGCUCUCAGAGAGGGUGCGACCGCUUCGCCGCUCUCAACUUUCCGCACUCCCUCUAUCACGCAUCCCAGCGCUCGUUCGGCGUGGUCACAGGCUUCUCAAAGAGGCGACUCGGAUAAACAGGGGUACCGAACCACAUCUGCAAACCAGGCGCACACCGUCGACUCUGCUUACGAUCCAGACUCGUUUGAGGUUGCUACCCCGGAACGAGGUGCGAGUCGUCAGCGCACGCGCAGCGAGGCAUCCGAUCUGUCUCUCAAACCUAGCCGAUCUCAUCGCCAGCCCUUGCCACCUAUUCCCAGCUCCGCUGUUCCUACACAACAAAACAAUUCUUUGGGUUACGGCCUUCCCACAAGGCCGAAUACCGAUCAGGAUCAGCAGUACUCAUUAUCUGACCAGUAUCAAUCCCGAGUUCCAUCGCAUGGCGCUGUGCAGCGCCAGCCGAGCUAUGCACCAUCGCCAACUUCUGCCUCGCUGCCACACCUUCAGCAGAGGAGCGCAAGCUACAAAAAGGGGGAUGGUGGCGAGCUGGCUCGGACGUACGGCCACGAGAGGUUUGAUUCGCUUGCCUGGGAACCUGUCAACAGCCCGCCGGCAAAUGCCAAGCAAGUGUCUCAGCAGGCGACUCGUACCAGCCGUCCCCAAGUGCUUGAGUGGUCUCUUCUGUCAACUGUAGCCCUGCUUCUGCGCGCCAACAUCCCGCGCGGUGUUCAGAUUAAAGGUAGCAUCGACUACCCGAAUAGCUUCACAGGCAAAGACGUAGUCUCAACACUUCAGGACCUGCUUGUGUCCGACGCUGUAGGCUCUCGACAUGCUCUUGUCGCAUCCGGCGACUCGUCAAGCGUACGGCAUGUCGCCCUUUCACUAGCAAAAUCGCUUAAGAGCCAACUCUUCUUCCACGAGGUAGACUGGGGAGGAAAAGAGCUGACCGACGAUGUCGACGAGGUCUACACUUUCCUCGAGGACAGCCUCGCAGAUAUUGGCUCACCUCAAGAUGAUCCUGAUGAUUGGGCCGCUGGUCUCAAUCACAGCUCAAAUUUCGAUGCGGAUCUACAACUUUCCCUCGGAGCUGUUGGCACUGCCUUGGCCAACGGUGCUGGCAGGGGUCGGAAGCCAGCGCGGAUGGCCGACCUCGACGACCUUCCCAAUGGGGUUUUCACUCCUUUCACACAAUGCUACUGCCCACUCUGCAGCCCCGGUCGAUCCACCUCGUGCUACAGUCCAUCGUGUCCCAACUCUGGAUCGAGUCCCCUACGUCUGACGGUCACCGAUAUGGAGAGCAAAGGCGCCUCGCUUGGCGGUGUGUUGGACCACGGCCUGUCUGCCGAUCAAUCGCAGAAGAAGGCGUGGGCAGAGAUUGUUCCGCCGGAACUUCUCCAAAACAUUCCGCAGGCCGAGAUCGCACGACAGAAUGCGAUCCUGGAAACCAUCCAGAAAGAAGAGGAGUUCCUUGCAGAUCUCGAAUUGCUCGACACGCUCUUUGUGCAGGGGUUGCAAAGGCCUAGCGAUGCCGGCGAUCCACCCCCGCUGCCCAUCGGGCCGGAACGCGACGACUUUAUCCGCGAGGUGUUCGGAAAUCACCGCGAACUGGUGAUCCACAUUCGCGCAUUGGUCGAGCGUCUGCAUAUUCGCCAAAGAGAGGAGAACCCCAUCGUCCAGACGAUUGGAGACCUGUUCCUGAGCGCCUCUCUCGACUGGGGUGACGCGUACACGACCUAUCUCGUCAACUAUCCGCUCGCCAUCAGCAGGGUCAAGCGCGAAAUCUCGAUCAAUCCACGCUUCAAGGCCUUUGUCGAGGCAUGUCGACGCCAUCCAGCGGCACACAAGCAUCCGCUUGAGAAUUUUCUCUUUAGGCCACCAGCGCGUUUGCAGAGGUACCACCUGCAUCUGGAAUCCAUCCUCAAGAAGACAGAGGAGGGCAACCAGGAUUGCGACAGCCUGCAGAAUGCCAUUGACAUUAUCAACGAUCAAUGCAAGACAGCCCAGGCGGGUGUCGAAUCGGCGGAGCUCAAGGUCAAGAUCCGCGAGUACGCGUACAAUCUCUCGGCCAAACGCAACAAGCAAGCCAUUGACAUGGAUCUGCUUAACCCGGAGCGUCAGCUCAUCCAUCAAGGCAGGGUACUGCGAAAGCCGGAUGCGUUUGACUUCGACUGGACCGAGCUGCUGGCGAUCCUGUUUGACAAUUACUUUAUCGUCACCAAGCAGAAGCGCCUCGCCGAAGGCCCUGACGACGACAAUCCUAACGUGGCUUCCUCAUCCUCGGCAGCAGGCGCUCGCUUCGUGCUUGCCAAGCGUCCCAUCCCCGUCGAGAUGCUCGAGGUGAGUGGUCUGACCGAGUCGUCCAUCUCGCGAUCCAUCGGCCUCAGCAACUUCCACAUCAGCAGAGAACGAGAGGCUCGCGAUUUUUGGCCGUUCACCAUCUCGCAUCUGGGUGGCAAAAUCGAGCCCAUCACCUUGUACGCGCCUUCCAAAGCUGCACGGGAUCAGUGGAAGACCAAGCUAGACGAGGCGAUUGGUCUGCGCGUGGCAGUGCAGGACAGCAACAAGGUGUUUGAUCAGCACAUCCUGAGCGACGACAUCUUUGCCAUCGCACCCACUGCCAGCUUGGAACCGGAAAGGCCUGUUCUGGGCGUCGACCCGAGCGUCUUCCACGGGCGUGUCAGCUGCGCCGUUCCCUUUGUGACCGCCGAUGGCCGGCGUCUGGUGGCGGUGGGAUGCGCCGACGGCGUUUGGAUCGGGCUGCGAAGCGAUCCAAAAUCGUUGCGCAAAGUGUUGCAUCUCAAGUAUGUAACGCAGUGCGCGGUGCUCGAGUCGUUCGGCAUCUUUGUGGUGCUUGCCGACAAGGUGCUCAUUUCGUACAGUCUGGAGGCGCUCGUCCCGACGACAUCCAGCAGCGCUUCGACCUUGCGCCCACCGCAGAAGCUCAGCGGCAAUCGCGACGUGCUCUUCUUCAAUGUCGGUGUGCUCAAGGACCGCACGUUGCUGAUCUACAUGAAGAAGAAGGCGAACGAGAGCGUGUUCCGUGCCCUAGAGCCGGUGCUGAACGCGCCUCGCGGGACCGAGGGCAAGUCUGGCUCGGGCUUCUUUGGCAAGUUUGGCAAGGACUCAAAGAACUCGGACUGGUUCCGCAUCUACAAGACGUUCUUCAUUCCGUCCGAGGCCUACUCGAUCCAGUUCCUCAAGUCGAAGCUGUGCAUCAUCUGCGCCAAGGGCUUCGAGAUCAUGAACCUGGACAGCCUGCUCCCGGGGACGAUUCCGGACUUUGUGCACGCGAAUCGCGAAGACAUCCGCGUCCAGCAGUUGCAGAAGCGCGUCGAGACAGCCAAGCCGCUAGGGAUGAACAAGACCGCCGACGGCGACUUUUUGCUCUGCUACGACCAAUUUGCGUGCUUUGUGGACCGCUUGGGCGAGCCGACACGACUGGAUCAGAUCAUCGAGUGGGAAGGCUUUCCCAAGCAGGUGGCGUUCUCGGGCAACUAUGUGCUGGCGUUUGACCCUCGCUUUGUCGAGGUGCGCGAUGCGCUCACUGGACAGCUGGUGCAAAUCAUGCGAGGCCUCGAUCUGAGCUAUGUAUCUGGCAACAGCACCGUCACUUCGUCGUCGUCUGAGAGUGCGCAAACAGCGGCGCUCGACGCCGAUGCGAAUCCGGUCAUCUUUACACGGCGCGAGCGGGUGGCCGGGCGCAUCCCCUUCGACUUCCAGCGAGUGGUGGAGCUGACACCUACUCGAUCCGCCGAAGCGCGCGCCUACGCACCGCCGUUUCAACGCACUGCGACCGUCCUGUCGAACGGCAGCAGCUUCAAUGGCCGUCCCUCAGGCCGUCCUUCCGCGGCGAGCUCUAGCAAUUGGAUCUGA